GAAAAGCAACUUUGUUCCAACAAACACAGAAAGCGACAACGUCAACAAAUCAAAAUUGAAACCAACUUUUGUUUUGUUUUUUCACCCCCACAUUCCACUCUCUCACACUACAAAUCCCUCAAACCCGUUCUUUCACUUUCUUCACCAAACAAACACACUUUCUCACUACAACCUUAGAUCCCACUCUUUUUUUCAUGCUCAACACUCCAUUCACAUUUCUGGGUCAUCUUUUUUCCCUUCAAAAAUCCAAUCUUUCUACUCUCUUUUAUAGUAUCAGAAAAUGCAAUCAAGUGGGUCAGAAUCCGAGAACCCGAUGACCCACUUUGUUCAAACUCAGUCUUUUUCUUCUUCAGAUACUAGAGGGAAACAUAGAAUACAUGCUGAACUUAAACGUUUGGAACAGGAAACAAGGUACUUAGAGGAAGAGCUAGAAAAGCUUGAGAGGAUGGACAAAGCAUCUACAUCGUGCAAAGAGAUUCUUAGCAAUGUGGAAAAGAGGCCUGAUCCGUUACUUCAAUCUACAAUUGGUCCCUUAAAUCCUACAUGGGAUCGAUGGUUUGAAGGACCUCAAGAUUCCAAAGGCUGCUGCAGAUGUUUGAUUCUCUAAUGAUUAAAGAUAAUCUCCAAAAAAUCUACUCUUUUUUUUCCCUUUUAAUCCCAGAUUGGUCCAGAAAUUUUGUGAGUUUAAUUUUUCAUGAAUGCUUAGUGUGUAUAUAUUAUUUACAGCAAAAUACAUAGUUUUUUAUAUUUCGGAUAACAGUGUGAUAGAAUUCUUUCAGAUAUUUGUGCAGACAAAUGUGUUAUGAUAAAGUGGUUUUGAAUCAAUAUUUUUGCUUCCCUUUUU